UUGUUGAAGUAAAAGCAACAGCGGCAAGAGGCGCGGGAGGGAGGAGUAUAGAAAGAACGCGGGGCGCAUGCGCGGCGUGGCCUAAGGCAGGCAAGAGGGUGGGGAGGAGGAGGAGGAGGAGGAGGAGGAUUGGCGGUCUUCAGUUUCGUCUCUUUCUCUUCCCCCCUCCCUGUUCAGCGGAGCCGGGAAAGGAGAAAGUAGAGGGAGACCCCCGCUGGGCUGGGCGCUUUCGGGUGCCGCGCUCGGGCGACUCGGAGCCGCCGGCGGGAGGCCCCACACAGGGAGCUGUUGAUUUGCCAGUCGCCGCCGCCUUCUUUUCUUCUGUCUUCUUCCCGGUGAAGCUCCCUCUCUGUCCCCGCCCGGGACUGAGUUCAUUGGCUACAAAAUGGCGGACGGGGAGCUGAAUGUGGAUAGUCUUAUCACCAGGCUGCUGGAAGUGCGAGGAUGUCGUCCUGGCAAGAUUGUACAGAUGACAGAAGCUGAAGUUCGGGGCUUGUGUAUAAAAUCACGAGAAAUAUUCCUUAGCCAGCCAAUCCUUUUGGAGCUGGAGGCACCACUAAAAAUCUGUGGUGACAUUCACGGCCAAUACACAGAUUUACUUCGAUUGUUUGAAUAUGGGGGAUUUCCACCUGAAGCCAACUAUCUUUUUCUGGGGGAUUAUGUGGACAGAGGCAAACAAUCCUUGGAAACCAUUUGCUUAUUACUUGCAUAUAAAAUCAAAUAUCCAGAGAAUUUUUUCCUCCUGAGAGGAAACCAUGAGUGUGCUAGUAUUAAUCGCAUCUAUGGAUUCUACGAUGAAUGUAAACGGCGAUUUAAUAUCAAGCUCUGGAAGACAUUUACAGACUGCUUUAAUUGUCUGCCUAUUGCAGCCAUUGUAGAUGAAAAGAUAUUUUGUUGUCAUGGAGGACUAUCACCAGAUCUACAAUCAAUGGAACAGAUCAGAAGAAUUAUGAGACCCACAGAUGUUCCUGACACAGGCUUACUCUGUGACCUGCUAUGGUCAGAUCCAGACAAGGAUGUGCAGGGUUGGGGUGAAAAUGACCGUGGAGUUUCUUUCACUUUUGGAGCUGAUGUGGUCAGCAAAUUCUUGAACCGUCACGAUUUGGAUUUGAUUUGUCGAGCUCAUCAGGUGGUUGAAGAUGGCUAUGAAUUCUUUGCCAAACGACAGCUGGUUACCCUAUUUUCUGCUCCAAAUUACUGUGGAGAGUUUGAUAACGCUGGUGGCAUGAUGAGCGUGGAUGAAACUCUGAUGUGUUCUUUUCAGAUACUGAAACCAUCUGAAAAGAAAGCAAAGUACCAAUAUGGUGGACUGAACUCUGGACGUCCAGUCACUCCACCUCGGACAGCUAAUCCUCCGAAGAAAAGGUGAAGAAGGAACACAGUAGAAAAAAAUCUUCAGCUCUAUUAAGGACAAAACUCCAUAUAUACAGUAUAUAAUAAGUGUGCACUGUAAAACCAUCCAGCCAUUUGACACCCUUUAUGAUGUCACAUCUUUAACUUAAAGAGACGGGUAAAGGAUCUUUAAUAUUUUCUAGUUGACAGAUGUGCAACACUGUAUUGUAACAAGUAUACUCAAAGUUCUAAUAUCCAACAUAGAGUAAAAUCAGAUCUAAACAAAUUAUUUUGGUUGCGUAUUCACAUCACAGUUUUAAAGUUGACCAACAUCCCAAUUUAGGCUUGAUGUAAUAGUUAAUUCAAAUGAGAGCAUGAUGUUUAAUUUGUGUAAUGUGAUCUUACUGUUGCUUGAUUGCUUUUAUUUCUAUUAUUUUGUAGCUAGAAUGAUGGCAAAGUAUUUAGUCAUGUUCCCUGGCUUAAAAAGGAAUUGUGAAGGGUUUUUUGGGACAGCUACUGCUGUUCUCCCUCUUCCCAAUAAUCUUGCUGACUAAUUGUGUGCCCCUCUAAUAGGAGUAUAGUGACUAAAGACAACCAAGCUCAAGUUAGUGACUUCAGUAAUGCCCUUUGUCCAGCAGCCCAGCAGUCAACAUUUCUCAUAAGACAGAGACUUUUUAAUCUUAGAUUACCACAGAAUGCAUUGUGCACUGCACCAUUUUAAACUAACAUUACACUCAUGAUAGCACUUCAUUUAAUUAAAAUAGGGCAGGAAUGGUAUUAUUAGUUGGUAACUUGAUACGUGGUACCUUGCAUUAGAUUUUAUUAGCAUGAAACACCUUUUGGCAUGCUUAGCUUCCUGGUAAUGCCAUACUUGCAUUAAAUUGCAUUUUGCAUAGCUCACCAAACAUGAAGAUCCUCCCCUGACAAGCCUUGAAAUGCUAGCCCUUGUCUCUUUCCUCCGCCCACCCCUCCACCCAGUGCUUCAGGAGGGUUAUUUAAAUGAAUGUUGAUAAGUGAGCAGUAGGUUAACUAUGGCUAGUGGUGGUUGGACUGUCUAAUAUGCCAUGUGAAUGUUUUACAUGAUUGUAAGGCUUAUGUCACUAAAGAUUAUCUUCUCUGGAUUUUCAUGAUCGUUCAUAUACUAUUGUAGAAACUUCUGCUUUGUAGUGUACUCUAGUAGCAAUAAUUUCUGUACAAGACAAGAAUUGAUGCAGUAUUUCUUUUCCUUUAUUAAAGAGUUCACAUUGACAAAUGGCAAAGUUUAAAGAUAUGUGAAGAAGUUUGUAAGGAUAAAAAUUGAAAGGCGGAGGCUUCAUUGAAUAAGAGUACAAAUUCUAUUGAACAUUGUCAAAUUUAUAGGAUUCUUUACAAGGGAAGCUUCCAAUUUAUAUCAUUCUAAAUGUGCAACAAUAAAUGUAAAAUUCUUUAUGAUCUUAACAAAUGUUAAAUUGAGGAUUCUAUUACCUUGCAUUUUAUGAAAUGGCACGUAUUAUGCAAGAUUUCUGGCAAAGUGAGAAUUUCUUUUGAAAUUGUCUCUUUUCUAAUUCCAUUUUGUUUUAAACACACAUUAAAUGUAGUUUUCUUUUUUCAUUUAGUAAAGUUGUUUAAUUGAUUUGAA